UUGUUAUCGUUGGCCUUCCCUGCGCUAGACCAUUGCCAUCUCUUUUUCUUCCUAACCUACGUGGGAAAACAUCGCGUUUUACCGUCGGUGUCGCGUAUAAUCAAUAGAAAGUGAGAAAUGGGUUUCGUCAAGGUAGUCAAGAACAAGCAGUACUUCAAGCGGUAUCAAGUUAAAUUCCGCAGGCGUCGUGAGGGCAAGACCGAUUACUAUGCCAGGAAGCGUCUGACUUUCCAGGACAAGAACAAGUACAACACUCCCAAGUACCGCCUGAUUGUGCGUUUGUCCAACAAGGACAUUACCGUGCAGAUUGCCUAUGCUCGCAUUGAAGGUGACCGCGUUGUGUGCGCUGCCUACUCCCAUGAGUUGCCGAAAUAUGGCAUCAAGGUCGGUUUAACCAACUACGCCGCUGCCUAUUGCACUGGCCUUUUGGUGGCUCGUCGUGUGCUUAACAAGUUGGGAUUGGACUCACUAUACGCCGGCUGCACUGAGGUUACUGGCGAGGAAUACAACGUUGAGCCUGUCGAUGAAGGUCCAGGUGCAUUCCGUUGUUACUUGGAUGUCGGUUUGGCGCGCACCACAACCGGUGCCCGUGUCUUUGGCGCCAUGAAGGGCGCUGUCGAUGGUGGUUUGAACAUCCCACACUCGGUGAAGCGUUUCCCCGGCUAUUCCGCUGAGACCAAGAGUUUCAAUGCUGACGUCCAUCGCGCUCACAUUUUCGGUCAGCAUGUUGCUGACUACAUGCGUACCUUGGAGGAGGAGGAUGAGGAGAGCUUCAAGCGCCAGUUCAGCCGUUAUAUAAAGCUGGGCAUCCGUGCUGAUGAUAUUGAGGAUAUCUACAAGAAAGCCCACCAGGCCAUUCGCAACGACCCAGGCCACACGGCUGCCGCUCCAAAGUCUGGUGCUUCGAAGAAGAGGUGGAAUGCCAAGAAACUCACGAACGAGCAGCGCAAGACUAAGAUUGCCGCACAUAAGGCCGCCUAUGUGGCUAAGCUCCAGUCUGAGACUGAGGCCUAAACAACAGCAGUUUCUAUUGGUAGUUUGAAAGAAAUAAAAAUGGAAAUCAAUUGUAUUAUUUACAAUUGCCAAUAUGUCAUAAA